AUGACGAUCGCGCCGGAUGGGGCGAGCGUGUACGUCGGGAUGACGAACGGCGUGGUGAAGCAGAUUCGAGCAAGCGGCGACGUUGGCGCUGGCGCGAUGCGGAGCUUUUAUCCAACGCCGGUGAACGCCACCGGAGACGAGUUUAACAACGCAAACACACCCGUGCGGAUGUUGCAAAUAUCGAAAGCCAGCGGCGAAGCGCUCGUCGGGUACGAAAAUGGUGGAUGGAGUAAGGUGUCGCUGGACAACGGAGAGACGACGACGUGGAGCGCGCCGCACAGCGAUUUCGCCGAUGUUUUUAAAUACGUCAACGUAAAAAAGCUGUCCAAAUACACAAACACCGCGCCACAGUGUCGUUCGAUGGCGGCGAACGACGACUUGUCGAUCAUUUAUCUGGCGUCGCCCUUGUUGCGAGAUGGAAGAGUUUAUGUGUGGGAUUUAACGUCUUCGCCUACAAACGAAGAAAGAAGCAGUGGCGAGGACCUCACGUUCAAGCAUACGAGCAAACUCGACGACAUCGAUGACGUUGAUGCGUAUGAUCGAUGUUUCGAGAGCGCUGCUGCGGGUGAGAGAGAAAUUGGAACAGUGAAACAUUUGGAAUUUCACAGCGACUGCGUCACGUCGUUGGUGAGAGUUAACAGCGCCAUCGUGAGUGGUUCGCUCGAUGCAUACAUCGCGAUAUGGGACUUGAAGUCGAAAGUCACACCGAUGCAGCCUCACUCGACCACGAAGAUGACUUCCGCGGUGCGAGAGAUGACGAUCGCGAAAGACGGUCGAACGCUCUAUUGCGCCGGUGCGGAUGGCAGCGUGCGCAUCCACGACGUGCGAGGAAAGAGCGGCAAAUUAUCGUUACAAUGGGUGCGAUCAGUUGGUGGUCAGGAAGGAUAUGUCAACUCAUUAUGUACGAUUAAGAACGAUCCUUUCAUCGUCAUCGGAAGUUCCAAAGCGGCGCAAGCGCCGAAACCGUAUUCGAUCAUUCGCGGCGACGGCGAAUUAAGCGUUUGGCGCGUCACGGAUGGCGAACUCAUGUUCAAAACGACUAUUCACGACGCUGACGUGAACGCCAUUGUGGUAACAACCGAUGGUAAGGCGCUGUACAGUGGCGACGCGAAAGGCAAAAUUUGCAAGCACGCGCUCGGCGCAAACGUCGUCGAGGCCAAGCCUCCCAACGCGCCCAUUCGCAAAGGAUUCUUCUUGUGA